GUAGUGUUUGCACCUGAAAAGGAAGUUUGGCUGAAAGCUAUGGUGUACAAGACGAUUGGAUCUGCUUAUACAAUUGGUCGCCUGUGCGGUCGGCCGAAGAAAGUGGGGUUCGCGGCACUGAAUCAAGUCGGGUGGUCGGACUCAAAAUUUCAGUCGGCCGUCGAGCAACUGGGGGGGGGGAGGUAA